AUGUCUCAAGCCCUGUCCCUGAAGUGCAACGUGUGCGGAGUGCAGCUUCGCAGCGUGCAGGAGUGCCAAUCGCACGGCGAGGCCACCGGCCACGCCGACUUCGUCGAGUCCACCGAAGCGGUCCUGAACCUCACCUGCGUGGCGUGCGGCAAGCCGUGCCGAUCGGAGACGGAGAAGGACAUCCACACGAAGCGAACGGGGCACGCGGAGUUUGUCGAUAAGACGAACGAGACCGCCGCCGCCAUCGACUCGGAGAAGGAGAUGAAGAAGCUGGACGCGGACAUCAAGGCCGAGCUGGGCGUCGAGGGCUCGUCCCCGAUGAACGUCGACUCCAACCCCGUGGACGAUCCGGACGAGGAAAAGAUCGAGCCGGAGGUGGACGCCAAGUGCCUCGCCGAGCUGGAGGGCAUGGGAUUCAACCGCAACCGGGCGGUCCGCGCGCUGUAUCACACGGGCACGGACAACGUCGAGCAGGCGGUCAACUGGAUCGUGGAGCACGAGAACGACGCCGACGUCGACGAUCCGCUGCUCAUCGCGAAGACCAAGAUCAAGAAGAAGCUCACGAAGGAGGAGGCGCGGAUCAAAGCGGAGGAGCUCAGGAAGAGCAUGGCCGCCAAGAAAGAGAAGGAGGAGCGCGAGAUGGAGCGGCUGCGAGAGCAGGAGCGCAUACGCAGCGGGAAGGAGCUCCUCGCCGCCAAGCGCCAGGAAGAAGAGUUGCAGCUCAAGCGUAACCUCGAGGCUCGGAGAAUCGAAAAGGAGGAGAUCGCCCGCGCCAAGGCUCGCAUCAGGGAGAAACUCGAGGAGGACCGCAUCGCCCGCAGGCUCAAGCUCGGACUCCCGGCCGAGUUGACGGAGGAGGAGAAGCAACGAGAGCGGGAGCGGGAGGAGAAGAAGGCGGCAGCCGCGGCGGAGGAGGCGAGGAAAAAGGCGGAGGCGGGCCUCGUCGUCAAACCCGUGGAGAAGAUUGACGCCCUCCGGAAAAUUCUGGUGGACAUCAAGAAGACCCACGGCGAAUCCAACGCCGACGGCGUCACCACCUGCUACAAGACCCUGCUGCUCUACCUCGGCAACGUGGUCAAGGCGCCGGACGAGGAGAAGUUUCGAAAGAUCAGGCUGGACAACGCGGCGUACCAAAAGAGAGUCGCGGGCGUCGGCGGCGGAGCUUUCCUCGAGAAGUGCGGGUUCGUGAACGACGGCGAGGCGCUCGUGUUGCCACGGUCCGACGUGGACGCGCUGCUGUUCAAUCUCGCGGGGGCGGAGAUCAACGGCGCGCUCACGAACCCUUUCUUCGGGGUGCUGUGAAGGCGUGGACGAAUCGAAAUCGCGCGGAGAUGAAACGACGAUCCAACUUUCGGAUUUAAAAACUGUACAGCUCGAGGGUGCGCACACCUUUUCGCACGCGUUUGCCCUUCGCAUGUAACCCUACUCCUCGGGCCGGCCCGCGUUCGCGGCCCCUUCGCUCGCCGAUCGCUUCGGGUCCGGCGGUACGAACCUAUCCGCGCCGGAGAUGAAACCCCAAAUCCCCCUGCUCCUCCGACGCUCCCACUCCUCGACGUGCGCUUUACCUUCGGAACCACCGUUUGGGCGCAUCGUCUGCGAGCCGGGAGCCGCCGUCUCGGUGCCUGCUGCGGCGACGUCCACGUCGCGGAAGUCGAGCGCCCUGAGCCUGUCGAGCUCGACAGCCUGGGCGUUGACGCGAGUCACGAGGUCCUGGUUGUCCGCCAUGAGCUUCUCGCACACCUUCUCGGCGGCGGCGACGCGAGCUUCGACGUCGUCGGUUUUCUGCGCACCCGUCGCCGCCCCAUCCGUCGCCUCAUCCGUCGCGGCUUCCGCCUUUGCCGCCCGCUCGGAAGCCAUCGCGGUCUCCGCCGCCGCCGCCGCCGCCGCCAGCUGUGUCUCCGCGGACGCCAGCUGUGUCUCCGCGGACUCCGCUCGAGCUCUCAGCUGAGUCUCCGAGUCUCUGAGUCUCUGAGUCUCCGCGGCGGACGUCUCGCGCUCGCGCGCCAGCGACGCCCUGGCCUCUUCCGCUGCGGCGCGCUCCUUCCCCAGCGCCGUCUCGGCCUUUGCGAGCCUGGCGGCGACGCGGU